AUGGCGGCCCCGGAGAGCGAUGGAAUUCGGCCGUGGGCGGACCUCCCCGUCGAGAUGGUAGACGCCAUCGUCCAACAACUCGACCUCUUCAGCACCACCCGGCUUGCAUCUGUCUGCACGUCCUGGUCGACGGCCGUCGCCACGAACGCCGCGCUGCCGUUCGGCACGCCGUGCCUGCUCAUGACAGGCGAGGAGGAGGACGACAACGGAGCUCGCGGCGACGACCACGAGGACUGGAGCUACCAGCUGAUGAACCUCACGACCGAGAGAGGGGACUCGUUCCCGGCGCUCAUCCGGGACGUGCAGGAGCAGUGGUGGGUCGGAGGCAAGGACGACUGGCUCGCCGUUGUCGACAGAUACGGCGGCGCGCGGCUCCUGAACCCUUACACCGGCCGCCAAAUCGACUUGCCGCGUACCCCCGCUGCCGUCGGCCCCGGCGUCACCAAUACCGGGCUCGGGUUCGAUAGGAUCGUUGUGUGCGCGACGCCGUCCGACGACGAAGGCUACCUCGUGAUCGGGAUGGUCAACGACUACCUUCUGGCGAUCGCGAGAGGCCGCGACGACGGCUGGACAGAGUUGAGGAAUCCUGACGGCCAUCCUGCCGGCGGCUACAAAGACGCGGUCGUGCACAAGGGCAAGGUGUUCGCCGUCGACAAGUCUGGCUCCAUAUACGCCUGGGACCUACAGGGCGGCGCGUGCCCCGAACCGGAGAAGCUUGAGCCGCCCCACAUCGACCGUGGCGAGUUCGAGCACGAAGGCUGGAAGCUUGCGGAGUCGGCCGACCGCCGCCGCCUCCUCCUCGUCUGGACCUACGGCAAGAUGGUCAAUUGCAGGCGGUUCAAAGUCUACGGCUGCUUCGACUACCUCGAGUUCGUCGCCGAGGGCGCGCGCCUGUGCGAGCGGGACGUGGACGCCGCCGCCGGUUUGUCGGACGGUGACGCCGGGUGGAGCCCCGUCAGCAGCCUCGGCGACCACUCGCUGUUCCUCGGCGCGAACUACCCGUUCUUUGCUCGCGUCGGGAACCAGGGCACGUCAGAUUCGGACUCGGUGUGGGGCAUGGUUCGGCCGAAUUGCAUCUGUUUCGCGAAGGGUCACUUGUUUCAGAGCCAGGAUGUUGAUGUGGAAGUGUUCGAUCUCGACGCUGAGGAGUACCAAUAUAAUCCAUACAAGUUGAUCUUGUCUAACAGCCGGCACUAUAGUUCUUACCAAGAACCUAUUUGGUUUAGACCUACGCUCAAGAAUUAUGAUUUGGAGUAA